UCCAGAAGCAACAAUGUUGUUGUUAAUUGGAGCUAUUUUAAAACUCAGCCCUGAUCUGUGUUAUAAUAGGAAUAUUCUUUAUGUAAUAGUGUAGUUUGCUUAUCAAUUAGAUGAAAUUGUUAGUGAGUUAAUGUGCUCAAAUGUUGUCCAACUGUUUCUUGAUGUUUAGUAUUUCAUUAGUGUUUAACUGGACUGUACAUUCUUCUAAUACAGAGGACGGAUCAGGAAAUGGUGAACAUGGUCCCAAGAGCAUGCACGGUAUCAAUCAGGCGACGUCCCAUCUUUCGACUACGACAAAUCUCUUCCCGACCAGUUCCAAUACUUUAUAUCAAACAUUUACGACUGGCUCUUCAAUGGUGGGACAUACAACGUCGCAUAUUCUUCCGGUUGCGACUUCUGCAACUAUCGAAGACGGUAAAACAACACCUCAGUCAUUACGGCUUGCCACCAACCCAGUUACUACUACACCUGCCGAUAUCGAAGACAGUAAAACAACAUCUCGGUCAAUACGGGUUACAGCCAACCAAGAUAUUACUACAGCUGCCGAAAUCGAAGACAGUAAAACAACAUCACGGUCAGUACGGGUUACAGCCAACCAAGAUACUACUACACCUGCCGAUAUCGACGACAGUAAAACAACAUUUCAGACAUUACGGCUUGCCAGCAACCAAGAUACUACUACAACUGCCGAUAUCGAAGACAUUAAAACAACAUCUCAGUCAUUACGGCUUGCCAGCAAUCAAGAUACUACUACAACUGCCGAUAUCGAAGACAUUAAAACAUCAUCUCAGUCAUUACGGCUUGCCAGCAACCAAGAUACAUGUACUACUACAACAGCCGAUAUCGAAGACAUUAAAACAACAAUAAGUACACCAAAACAUCUUCCACCAACGUCAACUUUAACUACACACAUUACAAGCUCAGAGGGGCCAUCAACAACGUCAAAGUGUUUAGACGAACGGGGUUGGAAUCUUCUAGGAACUGACUGGGGUUGCUGUGGAAACUACGAGGGCUGCUGUACAUACGCUUCUUUUAUUUGCUACAUCCAUGAUGCACUUUGCAGGUGCUGUGACGUUGGUAAAAGCUUCUGUGGUCCACGCUGUAAACCAGAUCGUUCUUGCACACACUAUGCCGAUGUUGUAACACAAGGAGACGAAAUAGUACAGACUGUUAGCAACAGCGAUGAAGAUAUGGAUAAAUCAGACCACGGAGAACUAAGUGAGCAUUUUAAUCCAAAAUCAGAACCGCCAAAUAGCGAUACAGUUAACGAAACGGCGAUUAAUGCGAACAAUAGCUACACAAGUAAUGCAGUUAAAUCGACAAAACAUGAUGACAGUGAGGAUUUCAAAAUUGAUCAGGUUGAACAAGCAUUAGAUGAUAAAAAAUACAAAAACCAAAUACCAGGUAAUGAGACAUUUAUCGAAACGGCAAUUACUGCAAGCAAUAGCUACACUAGUAUUGCAAAUAAUUUGACUGACCAUGACAGUGAGCAUUUAAAUAUUGAGCAGCUUGAACAAGCAUUAGAUGAUAUAAAUUACAAAAACCAAAUUCCAUAUGAUGAGACGUAUAUGGACAUAGAAAUGUUUGAAGAGGCGACAAACGUACUUUUUAACCAUAAUAAAACAGAUACGUCUAGUACAUGGAGUAAAGACAAUCAUCUUAGAAACAAUUUGACUACGUCAGAUAAUGUGGAAACAGACGGCAGUGGAGAAUCUGCGGACGAAAUUCUUGGACCAUGAUGUUUACCAUUAUGAUCGUAUCAUAGGAUAAAAAAUGCAAAAGUCUCAGUAUGGGAAACACGGGAAAACAUUGAAGUCGAAAACUAAACACACGCAAUAAAUACCAGUGGUAUUUAUAUUAAAUUUGAUUUCACGUUUAAAAAUACACAUGUAAUAACAGCGGGGGUGGAGGUAUGGAAACAUAGUUUUUGAGUUCAUUGGAACACAUUUUCCAUCGGUAUACGUUGAUCUUCACAAUAAAAUACAAAAUAUGUAUAUAGUCUUUAGGUGCAUUUUUGUUUUGUAUUAACAACAUAUUUGUUUGUAAUUGAUUUUGGCGCCUCUUCUUCGAGACAAAGAAAGAAAACAGUACUACUUAUAGAAGACAUUUGAAAAAGUUCGUUGUUGUUUUUGACUUCAUAAAAUGCUUUAUUAAAACUAUUUUUUCAGGUUUCGUUCAUUAUUGAAAAAUCAUA